UAGUCUGAGCAAAUGUCACUGAUGGGUAGAUGUCAUCCCCUAUCAUCCAGUUGCUUUAAUUCUGACAACCGAAAGAUUGACAUUUUAAAUAAUUAAUUUACAACUCUAAUGCAGUGAGAAUUUUCCAGCCUGUGGCAUUUAAAUAUUGUUGCUAUAAUUAAUAAACUUUGAAGGUCACCAUGCUGGUACUAGUUCUGGGAGAUCUACACAUUCCACACAGAUGCAGUAGUUUGCCGAGUAAAUUUAAAAAGCUCCUGGUACCUGGAAGAAUUCAACACAUAUUGUGUACAGGGAAUCUCUGUACAAAAGAGUCAUACGACUACUUGAAAACACUUGCAAGUGAUGUUCAUGUGGUCAGAGGUGAUUUCGAUGAGAAUCUGAAUUAUCCUGAGCAAAAAGUGGUGACAGUUGGACAAUUCAGAAUCGGUCUCUCACACGGACAUCAAGUGGUCCCCUGGGGGGAUCCUGAGUCUUUGGCUCUAAUUCAGCGACAGUUGGACGUAGAUAUUCUAAUAUCAGGUCACACACACAAAUUCGAGGCUUACGAACAUGAGAAUAAAUUCUACAUUAAUCCAGGAUCAGCCACUGGGGCUUAUAAUCCCCUCGAUACAUCUGUCAUUCCUUCAUUCGUUCUCAUGGACAUCCAAAGCUCGACAGUCGUAACAUACGUCUAUCAACUCGUCGGGGAUGAAGUUAAAGUCGAACGAAUUGAAUACAAAAAAAGUUAACAAGUUUUAUAAAUAAACAAAAUAAUCACCUACCCGGUGAAUAAACUCAAACAAUAUUUAACAGUCAAAACUAGUGACUGAAGACUAAAAUAUUGAUUAUUAGACCGCAGGUCUAUGCAAUUAAAUCUUGUAUUACCGAUUUAUCAACGCAUUCUGUAAAUAAACAAUUGUAAUCAAUGCAAA